CGAAAAACAUUAUACCUGUAUGUUAUGGACAACACCGAAUGAAGAUUUUCCUGCAGGCAUAAUAGUGCAGACUGCGUGCAUAUAAGGCACACACCCAGACAAGACAGAAAGUCACAUGCUAAUAUAUAUUACACACGCACUUGUCCUCGAUCGAUAUCUGUCCGUUCACCCCCUAACGUGUAUAGGCACUUGUACUUUUAUAAGAAAGCGUAGAAAGAAAAUACGAUCGAAAUACAUGCAUCUGCAACCAUAGAGUUCGAUCUGUGACGUACGCAUUUUCAGCUCGUGAGCGCAAAGUGCGGCGAAAUCACUGCAUCAAUAUAGACACUUGAAAAUAUGCGUCAAAAUCGUGUAGAAAGGUUUUUAGCAACUUUUCGUUUUAAAAUAAUUUUGCAUACUAUUAAAUUUCCCUGCAGUUUUCUAGGCCUGGAUAUGAGCAGGGUAAAAAGACUUCGGUGAGUCUGUAAACUCAGUCCUGCAAACAAGUGUCUCCCCAAAGAAUGUUUGCUGGAUACGAGAUAUAAACCUUCAUUAAAACAUUUGGCCAAAGAGGAUCCUCUUUGAUUUGAUGAUGAUGAUGUCUAUUUGUAAUACGCAGGUAUCCAUUCAGAAGAAUGCUCAUUGCGCAGCAAAAAAACAAAAAAAUAUGCCACUGGCAUAUUUUACUGCUACUCUCAUUCUUAUUUCUGGCGCGCUGUAUACAGCAAUGUCUGUAGUGUACUGAAUUCAUUCCUCAGCACAAGGAAAGAAAACAAGGAAGUUGACAAGAAAAGAGAGUUUCAUUUCGCUUGACUUUCACGCACUAUCAACAUUCCAAGACCGGAAAAGCCCGCUAAGGGUUGUCUCCCACCCACUUCCGCUGAGAAGGGAGACUACCGCGUUUAUUGACAAUUCGGUAACGCGGCUGUCCGCUUGUACCCUACUUUAUAUAUGUGAAGGUCACGUGACUAGUAGGUGUUCGCAGUGAAACGUACAGGUGGGUCCUGGUGGUUGCUAUUUUUGCCCACAUAGUAAUUUUCCUGUGGAAAAGUGAGCCGUUAACGGAUUAAAGAUAUCCUUCCAUCUUUCAUGUUGGUGUGUGCGUGUUCUUGCCGGUCGCUUGGAGUCGCAUACAGUCGACAUUCCAAAGCCCUAUAAUGUGAGGACAAUAUACCAUGUGUGUUAAGGAGAAUGCCACUGCAAGCUCAUCAUGACCAGCAGCACCCUGACCGAGCUAGAAGAAAUUCAGCGCGCUGCCAAAGAGCGAGCCGACAUUGUAGCCAAAUAUGACAAGGGGCGGGAAGAAGGCGCUCAGAUCGACCCAUGGGAAGAUCCUGCAUUUGAAGUGUAUCAUGUCACAGACCGAUAUGGUUUUAUACAUGAACAUGCCUUGCCAGCAGUCCCUGAUGCAGUGGAGGCAAAACAUCGACAAGUGGAGCUCGACCGGACUCAGAAAUGGGUCAAGAUGCUCAAAAAUUGGGACAAAUAUUAUCCAGGCGAAAAGCUUGUGCGUAGAGUCUACAAAGGCAUCCCAGACAGACUCCGGGGGGAGGUUUGGUCACGUCUCUUAAGUGUGAAUAAAAUCAAGGCAGAACAAGAGGGCAUUUAUCAGAAAAUGAGACAAAGGGCUCGCUCACGUUCUACCUCUAUUAGACAAAUAGAUCUAGAUGUUAACAGAACUUACCGUAACCACAUAAUGUUCAGGGAACGCUAUGGUGUCAAGCAACAGGCAUUGUUUCAUGUGCUAGCUGCCUAUUCUGUCUACAAUACCGAGGUUGGCUACUGCCAGGGAAUGAGUGAAAUAGCAGCACUCCUGUUGAUGUACUUAAAUGAAGAGGAUGCAUUUUGGGGAAUGUCUCAGCUUUUUGUCAGUGAAAAGCACACAAUGCAUGGAUUUUUUAUCCCUGGCUUUCCAAAGUUGUUGCGCUUCCAAGAACACCAUGACAACGUUUUGAAGAAGUUUGUUCCCAAGAUCCGACGACAUUUGGAAAAAAAUGAAAUAUUUCCAAGUUAUUACUCCAUCAAGUGGUUCCUACAGUGUUUCUUGGACAGGACUCCGUUUCACCUGACUUUACGGCUGUGGGACAUUUAUGUGUUGGAAGGGGAUCGUCUGCUGGUAGCCAUGGCCUAUUGUGUCAUGAAAGUGCACAGACGUCGAAUAAUGAAGAUGGCCAUGGAUGAAUUGUCAGAGUUCUUUCAGAUAUCUUUAGAAAAGGAUUUUUUGUAUGAGGAUGAUGUUGUCAUCGAGCAGUUACAGCUUUGUCAGGAAGAGUUACGAAAGGCAAAAAUGGACUUGCCUCCCCGCCCACGUUUGAAUGAAAGCCCCACUCUGCCCUUUGGCCUUGACAUACAGCCAAGCAUUGAGCAGCUCAUUGGCCGCCGCACUGCAGAAUCCAUUGACGAACACUUCCGCCGUAAUCCUCGCAGCGGUAAGGCUGCGUACUUCAGGAAGAAAAAUUCCAACAACCUGAACACGCCAGAGAUGCCUCGCAGUCGAGGAGACACACGCUCAAUACAGUCCAGCCGUUUCUCCGAUUAUUCCCUUGGGGACCAGUCCUCCUAUUAUGACACAGCUGCCAACUCGAGGAUAUCAUUAGCUGACCAGUCACGUGCCUCGAUUCAGAGUUCUCGCACAUCUUUUGCUGAUGUGUCUGAGAUGGGCAGUAUGACUCUGACCUAUGGAGGUGUGCCAGCCUUUCCUGAUGAUCUUGGAAGUGCAGAUGCUACUACCCCCACCACACCCACACCAAAAGGCAUGGCAACACCCACGCCAGUCUCAGCGGCUGCCUCCUCUUUUCAGACAGAGUCAAACACCAUGGAAGAGAGUAUGGAAGCUGAGGGCGGAGCCCGCUCGCCAGCGUCCAUCAACUCUGAUUACGAUAAUGUAAAUGGGAGCUAUGAUGACGGUCCUCCUUUAGUUAUCAACCAAGGAAUUCCCAUCAGCAAGUCAGAUGGUUUCAUGGGUGGCCGGGGCACCUCAAUAGACACAGAGAUGAAGGUCGUGAAUGGCCACAAUGGCAGAAUGACCUCCCAGAUGAAGAUGACGAGGACAGAAAAUGACAUUCACCAGGCACGCGGUUAUGACCGCAUGGAUACUAAUGAACGUGAACUGCAGAAUGGAAUGUAUGUGGAGAAGCACCGGUCACACCAGGUGUCCACCACAACUACGACACGCAUGAGAACAGUGUUUACUCGCCAAGUGGAGAAAACAUCUCAUGUGUGAUGUCCUUUAAGAUUUAUUGUGCACAUCGAUAUUCUUAUAGUCAUCUGUGAAAAAAAAGGAGAUUUUCAGAUCUAUGUUGAUGUGUGUUGUGCGUGUGCAUGGGUGCAUGCAUGUGUGCACACAGUAUCUGUGUGCGUGUGCACACAGUUUAUUUCUUUGUAAGUGUGCAAGCCUGAUGUAUGUUCAUAUUUCUUAGGCGUGGGCAUGUCUUUGAGCCUCUACUGGCAUGCUUGAAGGUGUGUAUAUGUGUGCAUUUAUGUUACUGGGAAGAGUGAAUAGAAUGUACAUCUGACCACUGAAAUUGUUGAAAUUUUUAAAACAAAAUUUUAGCGUGCAUUUAUUCUUAAUUGUAGAUUUUAAAUUAAUAGGCUUGUUCAGUACUGGGAUAUGAAUGGUGAUUUUUUUAUUUAAAAUAUUUUGUCUUCUCUCAGAAAUAUUUUUUUCAGUUUUUGUCUUUGGGGCUAGCAUUUAAAAAUUCAUUAACCCUCACAUGAGACAAAUAGGUACUGCUAAUAGAUCUGAGGACUUGGCAGCAUUGUGACAAUGUUACCUUUAGACACUGGAGACCUGCAAAACAGGUAAAAAUAUUUAAAAUGCUAGAGCAGACUAUCAACUCUGUAGUGGCUUAAAAAUAUGACAUGAUAUUCAAAGAAAUUAUAUAUAUAGGUUCAGGUACUAUGAAAAAUACUCAGAAAAAUAAAAUUUUAAUUCCUCUGCUUUAUAUAAUAAAACCUAUCAUAAAACCAUUGUUAAUCAAAGUCUCAUGAAAAAAAUUAGUCUGGUGCCUUGAAAUCAUCUAGAUAGCAGUGACUGGUAUAACAUGUCAUCUUUCUAUAACAGUUCAGAAACAAAAAAAAAAACAACUCUUGAACUCGUUCAUGAAAGGAAGGGAGCAUCAUCCACUUAUUAUGGUAGUGGCAGAUGGACUAACUUAAUCUGUAGUAAAGGCGAUAUGAUAGCCCAAAUCAGUGAAAAAGUAAUUUCUUCUGAAGCUGGAUUUUUUUUUCAGGGUACUAGGUAAUUUUAAGAUAAUUUAUUAUGUCAUGUCAUAAUGAGGUGCGGCGGGGGGGGGGGGGGGGUCAUUCAGCUCUUGUAUUCAAGAUAAUCUUUUGUGGAAAAGAAAACAGAAUGCAAACUUAAAUGACAAUACACAUAGAUAAUUCAAUGGCUUCAAAGAGUCUGUGAAUAGUAAUUUAUUUCUGGAAUUCUUUGAAAUUUUUGUUAUUUUUAGUUUUUUCUCCUCUGUCCUCCAGUACCACAUAAGAGGGGACAUUGCAUCCAUCUUCGUCAUAUCACACUCUGUAAUCUGUGGUUUUGUUAUAUUAUUCUUUUACCUUUGCCUCCUACUUUUACCCCAUUUCUAGUAAGAAAGAUAUUUAUACUUCUUUGAGCCUAUGAGAUUUCGUCAUCACUUAUGCCAUGUUCGACUUACGUGAGUCCAUACACUUUUGCUCUUUUCAUCUCCAGUAUUGUAGCAGGGAUUCCUGUGGCACUCUCCACAUCCACUGUGCUUGCUUACCUUUCUCAUGCAUUUUCAUUACUUUCAUGGGUGUGGCUUGCAGGAGCAUGGAAAAUUUAUUUUCUUUACCAUAAGUCUUUGUUUAACUAUUUAAAAAGAAUGAAGAGAUAUAUUUCUUGGUUUGCUGCUGUGAUGUAAGAAAAAAAGAUUAAGAUGUCAAAAAGGAUCCAGAGUAAUUUAUAGAACAAGACAUAAAUGCAACUCUUGGUAUAUAGAUUAUAUUUUAAAAUGGGUAAGAUGUCUGAAUACUUGACAGAUUUAUAUUUGACUUUUGAAAAACUAAGUCCACUAUAUUUGCAAUAUUUUUUAUCUGUGCAUAUGCAUUGUCAAGCAUGGUGUGACUACACAGUAGGAGAGCAAGCACAAACAUGAAAAGAUAGCAGCAUUUGCUUUUUGCACUGUUUAAUUGAUGACAUGUAGAACAUGAAAGCAUACUUAAAAAUCUGGACUAUGUAAUGAUCUUACAUGGUUUUAACAACUUGAAUAGUGUAAAUAUGAUAGGGGAUGGAGUAAUAGAAUUCUUGAGAAUGAUUAUGUAAGCAAGUUAAAAUAUGCUUGUUUAAAAAUAUAAAGAACAGUUCCAGGAAAACUGGUUUCUGUGAUUCUGUGUACAUUUGACUACUGUAGGUUUUAAUAUUUUCUAUGUUUACAUGUAUUUUAUGUGUGUGGGGGGUAAGGGGGGCUGCUACCAUUAUCUUCCUUUGAGCUUUCUACAGAAACUGAUCCAAAAUAUAAGACUUUAUAAUCAUAUAUGUCACAUCUGUUUCAUACAUUUUGCUUUCCAGCAUGUUUUCUAGGACUUAUGGUUUUGUGCAAUUCUGUAUCCAUGCAUUAGAAUAUUACUUAUACAUCCCCAUUGUCAUCAGGUUUUUUUCUCAUUUCUUUUUCUCUCUUCAGUAAUUUUUUUAAUUCAAUUUUUUUCAUUCAAUUUUUUCUAGCAAAAGCGAAGUCAGGUUACACCUGUAAUCUACACUGUCAAUAUUUAUUGCAUGCACAUUUUCUGAGAUUUUUUAUGGCAGAGAGGAGAAAGGAGAGGUUCCACUGAGCUUGAUUUUUGGGUCUGAUCUGCUUGCAUUUAUGCACAGAGUUCUGCCUGAGCCCUCUUAUAGUGGCCAUGAAGGCCACAGUGACCAGUCUGCCUACAUCAUAUGGACAUACCUCAACCACCCACACCUCACCUUCCAGUCAGUGUGAGAAGCUUCUAUUGAGAUCUGCCCAUGCAUUCAACCACCCAAUAUUUUUUUAAUGUAGAACUCACAUUUAUUCACAUUGGAUUUAUUCUUCAGGAGACAGGUUGGAACUGAGCUGCAGAAAAUAACUUGCCCACUGGACAAAUUUUGUUUGACUAACCCUUUUCCUUUGCUGGGUGUCAGUUUUGGUCAGAUGUUUAUGGAACAGUGCAGAAGAAAGAAAAGCAUUUUAUAUUAAUAUUUUAUAAGAACACGAUGCUGCACUGUAACUGAAGUGUCUGUAUAGUUUGAAAGGUAAAGCUUGCAGUGUUCACAAGUGAGCAUAUUUGUACUAAAUACAGUUAUUCAUUGGGCAUGGUUCAUUGCAGAUAAAUCACUCAUGACAGUAAUGAUAUUAUGAAUUAUCAUAGUAUUCAGUUUAGAGUGUCAAUUUUGUUUGUAUUGACUUUAAUAUGCUGAUAGUAGUUGGAUUGCAUACUGAAGCUUGAUUGUCAAAAUGCCAUAUUUUUUGUGUGCAUUUUAUAUCAGCUACUUGCCUCUCUUGUGUGUGGGAGAUAUGUUGUCAUCUUGGGGCUGCUCUCCAAGCUUAGCUCAGUGGGUGGAUAAACUUCCUGAUACAUAAUGGUGCUAGUGAGGUGUUCUUGAGUAAUAAAUGACCUAGUCAGUGUGAACACAGUGGCUGCAUGUUCAAUAUACAAAUCAUAUUUUUUCAGGGAGUGGAAUAGGAAGGAAGAUAUGAUGUUUUGUAGGGAGUCAAAGCAUGGUGAUUAAGUUAGUAGUUCUGUACAGGCAAGAUAUGCCCAAAGAUUAGUCAUUCCCAUAUUGAUCACUUAUAAGUGAACAGCUAAAGAGGAACAAAUUUACAUUUUUGGGGGGGGGUGGGGGGUGGGAUCCCUUGACAAUGCUGUAAUUACUGGAGAUUUUGUCUGCAAACAACAUCUAAUGGAACUUGAUGUGAUCCUUUUAAGACUGCCUGGUUUUGUGUUGUCUUCUAGAUAAAUUCUGCAUCAUUAGGUAAAUCACAGUUGUAUCAUCUUUAGAUGUCUUGUAUAUGUUGAGUUUUAUGGUCUGUGCUUUUGAAUAGCUGUGUUGUAUGCAUGAAUACUUUUCUAUUUCGGAUGUUUGUUUUGGUUGCUUCUUAAUAGUUUAGUUUUUCUUCUGAUUUUUAAAUUGAAUGCAGAUCUAUUCUGCUUAAACCCAUUGUGAUGUGCAUAGACUGUUAUUUGCACAUAAACAACUUCAUUUGUCUUGUGGAUAAAUAUCAACAUUUUUUUAUGUUUGUGGGGUAUGUCUUUUCCUUGCACAUAGAGCAGAUAUCCUGAAAGCUAGAACAUUCUAACUUCUCAGAGCAGAUAGAGCACCUCAAGGAGAUGUGGCUUUGUGGCAAUCAUCUUUAGUAUGCAACAGCAUUCCCUUCUUUACCUGACCAUGCACACCUGUUUGAACCAGCAUGUUCUGUAUCUUGAUGCCCCUUAUUAUUUAUAUAUUAUGCAAAAGGUCCUUGAGAUGUAAAGCAUUGAGGUGUGGAUUACUUUGUGUAUAUACAGCAUUGAUAUCAUCAUGUAUUUAACAUGCCAUGCAUGGUCUAGAUUGUAUAUUUAGAUCAUUUGGGUGAAUGUGUUUGCUGUGACGUUUCAGCACUGUCAGUCGUUAAUAGACCAUUGCAGGACAGCACAACGCAUUUCACAGAAAGGCAUACCCAUGUUCUACUUUGUAUACAUUAUUGGUAUUGCUGUAUGAAGUGAUAAAAGCUAAGCCUUACCAGAACAAAGAUUGAAAGAUACUGUACUCAGAAAAAGGAGUUUGCAUUAUAAGUUUAGCUGUGUUUUGUGCAUGACAUGUAAAAUCACAAUGUCAUGUUUUUACCUUGUGGAACAUGUAAGAAAUUAUUUCAGCAAAGAAAUUAAACAUGCACUAGCAUUUAAUGUGAAUUGUAAUUUGCAUCAGUAAAUAUGCAGAUAGCAUACCGAACUAUGCUGUUUUGCCUGUCAGCAUGGCUGUUACCAUGUAACCAUUUUGAUCUGAAGAGCAGGGAGUGUGCAUGUGUUAUAUAUAUGUGUGUGUGUUCAAGAGUGUAAGGGCUUAAGGAAGACAGACUGGGACAAGGGUCACAUCAUGAAGGAUAAGUGACCUUGCAAUUAAUGCUGCCCAGAAAAGUCCUCAUAGCUGUACAUGUUACUUACCAUGCCAAAUAAAAAACCAAAAAUUAAAAAAACAACUGAUAAAUAUGAACAGGGCAACAUUAGCCAUAUUAGUAUUAGAUCAGUAUAUAAAAAGUGAUACGGUGAUUUUUUUUUGUCAGGUUUUAUGUCUUGCACAAAUCACAGAUGGAUUUUAAGCCCUUAUGUGACUUAAGCUUUGCUGCAGUUCGCACAUGAGCUAUUCAUUGUUGUUUAGAUUAACAAAAAACUAAUCCCUCAUGUGUUGUUGUCUUGGAUGCUGUUAGGAAAAAAAUUUUUUUUCUAUAUGGGGCUUCCAUUUUGUCAAUACUAAGGGCAUGCAUUUUUCAGUUCUUGAUUUCUUUUUUCCAGAAGAAAUUUAAAAAAAAAUCCUUUCGAAUUAUUAUAAUUCAUAAAAAAUGAUAUUUGUGAGAUUUGGCACCGAAGAACUACUAGUCAUGUUUCUAUGCCUGCAUUUUUAUUCUGGUCAGUUUUGAUCCAAGGAAAAAGUUUAAUGUGUUCUCAUUCUGUAUAGGUACAUACAAACUGAUAGAAAGCAAGAAUGGGAGUUCAUUUUGUUUACAUUCUGUAUGCUUGUGUGCAGAUGGGUUGUCAGGUUGAUAACACGUUUUGUAUACCAUUUUAAUUUAAAGAUAUUUAUUAGCAACUAUGCAUUGUUUCAGGUAGUAAUUCUGUCCCGUUACAAAGAGAAUAAUCUGUAAAUAGCAUGUUGUGUUCUGUGAAACAAUGAUUGCUUAAUGCUGUACUGUAGCUCAUUUUUGUGCCAACUAUUUCAUGUAUUAAUUUUUUAUGUGUAAAGUCAAAUUUGCAAUUUAAUCUUCUCAAUAAAUGUAUUUGCACAGUAA